GAGAAAGAGAGAGAGAGAGAGAGAGAAUCUUAAUUCUUAAAGAAGUCGUGAAGGCUCUCUCUCUUCGAGCGAUGCGUUGAAGAAGACGAGUGACCAACAACAAUGGCGAAUAUAUCUUCCUUCUUCUCUUCUUCUUCUUCUUAUCACGAUCCUCAUUAUAAACCCUAAUUUUUUUCACAGUUUUCUCUAACUUCUCCGAUCUCCGAUUUUCUCUUCUCCGAGAUGAUGACGGAGACAACGACGAAGGUUUUGUAUAUAGUGGUGCGUGAAGAAGGUGAUGAUGUUGAUAAUAAUGGAGAUGAUUCGUUUCGUUACACGCGUCCUGUUUUGCAGAGUACUCUUCAGCUUAUGGGUUGCAAAGCUCGUCACGCCUGCAAGAUCAGCCGAAGGGUUUUUGAGUUAAUAAGAAGUGAGGGAUCUUGUAAUAGCUCACCAGAGAAUGGGAAGGAAACUGAAUUUACUAAGGAAGUUGGUGGUUCAACUUGUGUAGAGAAACUUAACUGUUUGGUUGCUGAUGAUGUUGAUGUUGACAAGAAUAAAAGUAAACCGUUUGAGAUGUACAAAAGGCGGACUACUGUUGUUGUUUCACGAGAAAUAUUCUUGGAUGUUGUGUGUGAUGCCCUGGCUGAGUAUAAGUACGUUGGUCGCGACCAAAGGGCAGAUUUGAUUCUGGCAUGCAGAAUCCGAGAAAGGAAAGAAUCUGUAACUGUUUUGCUCUGUGGCACCAGUGGCUGUGGUAAAUCUACAUUAUCCGCAUUGCUGGGUAGCAGGCUGGGGAUUACGACUGUGGUAUCAACUGACUCAAUAAGGCACAUGAUGAGGAGCUUCGCUGAUGAGAAGCAGAACCCUUUGCUGUGGGCUUCAACAUACCAUGCUGGAGAGUACCUUGACCCUGUGGCAGUAGCUGAGUCAAAAGCCAAAAGAAAAGCCAAAAAGUUGAAAGGCUCUCGAGGUGUAAAUUCCAAUACCCAAAAGACGGAUGCUGGAUCAAACUCUGGCACCACUGAGUUGUUAAGUCAUAAGCAGAUGGCUAUAGAAGGUUAUAAGGCACAAAGUGAGAUGGUGAUUGACAGUCUCGAUAGGCUCAUUACAACUUGGGAAGAGAGGAAAGAAUCGGUAGUCGUUGAAGGGGUCCACUUAAGCCUUAACUUUGUGAUGGGACUGAUGAAGAAGCACCCUUCGAUUGUUCCCUUCAUGGUAUACAUAGCCAACGAGGAGAAACACUUGGAACGGUUUGCAGUCCGAGCCAAGUACAUGACAUUGGACCCAACAAAGAAUAAGUAUGUAAAAUAUAUACGUAACAUCAGAACAAUACAGGAUUAUCUAUGUAAACGAGCUGACAAGCAUCUCGUUCCUAAGAUAAACAACACAAAUGUCGACAAGAGCGUGGCUACAAUUCACGCGACGGUCUUUGGUUGCCUGCGUAGACGUGAAACAGGAGAGAAGCUCUAUGAUACAACCACAAAUACCGUUGCUGUUAUCGACGACGAGCACAGGAACCAAUGUACAGCCAAUUCAUUAAGUUCCAAGGGAAUGUUUCAGCUGAUCCAAAGACAAGGCUCCUCUAGGCGUUAUAUGGCUCUUUGCAAUACUGAUGGUACUGUGGCCAGAACUUGGCCUGUUGGUUCCGUUGAUAAGAUCAGGAAGCCCGUCGUUGAUACCGAGAUGGAUAAUGGAACAGAGCAUCAGCUACAUAAAGCUGAACCAGUGAACCUUCAGUUCGGUCACUUUGGGAUCAGCGCUUGGCCUAAUGAUGGCGCAACUAGCCAUGCCGGGAGUGUGGAUGAAUCAAGAGCAGAUAUUAUUGAAACUGGAAGCAGGCAUUACUCUUCUUGCUGCAGUUCGCCACGGACAUCUGAUGGGCCUUCAAAAGAGCUGAUGGAGGAGCAGUCUGUAGAUGGGAGCGAUGAAGAUGAAGAAGGCGACGAUGAUUUUCCUGAGCCAGAUUCUGAUGAAGAUCUCAGCGAUAACAAUGACGAACGCAACCGUGACGAGGUUGGAUCGGUGGAUGAGGAAUCGACAAAGUCAGAUGAAGAGUACGAUGAUCUGGCAAUGGAAGACAAGAGUUACUGGACAGACAACGAAGAAGAAGAGUCUCGAGACACAAUCUCCAUGGUGUCCGAAAACAACCACAACGAGGCUACAAAGCCCAACAAAGAUGACAAAUACUCCCAAAACCUCGAUCUUUUCCUCAGGACAGCGAACCAGCCAUUAAUUGAAUCCCUUGAGCUGUCGAGUGAAUACGGGAACAGAAUGGGAGUAGCCGCCUCGGAUAAAGCCAAGAUGAGGAAACGUUCACUUAGUAUUCCGGCUGUCGGGAAACAUCGUUCAAUCAUAGAUGACCAGAUUUUGGCUAACCAGACUGAUCCAGUUCUCUAGAGUGCCCUGUGACCUCUUUGCCUGUGUUUUUCGGGCUUUUCUUUCCGGUUUUGUGUUUUAACCUAUCAUGUAGCUUAGGUUUCCAAAACUCAUUGAAGUGUCAAAUCAAAUUUGCUAAUUUCAUCCAUCUUUCUGCACCAUUAAUA